CAUAAACCUGCGCAGAGCUGAGCUGGCGUUAGAGAGGAGGUCUCCGUGAAAUCCCCUCCGGUGGCUCUUUUCACCAUGACUAAACUUCUGGAGUGGCUGUUCGGUGUGUCGGUCGUGGUCGCCGUCUGGGCUUUGGUCACCUUCGACCUGUUGGACCUAAGCCUGCCGCAGACCUACAGAGAGGUGGCCUGGCCCAUGCCUCUGUAUCUGCUGGUGUCAUUCGGCUGCUACUCUCUGGCCACAGUGGGAUACAGGGUGGCCACCUUCAAUGACUGUGACGAGGCUGCGAAGGAGCUGCAGCAGCAGAUAGUAGAAGCCAAAGAAGACUUGAAGAAAAGGGGCUUGAAGAUGUAGAGCUAGGGAAAGGACUAUGUAGAAACUUUUGAGAGACUGGGAGGGAAACAUGGACCACCACUCUUCCCCCCUGUGUCUGCACUUGUUGGGUUCCGUGUGUCUCCUAUUGAGGAUCUUUUGAAUGUGUAAAUGUGGCUGAACUCUGAAUGUACACUUCUCUCUAUGUUGUUUCCAGCAGACAUGAUAUGUACAUCAAUCAUUUUUUUUGGAGUAAUAUUUACUUUUGUAGAAUCUCACUCACUGUCAUGUUAAAAUUAGAUAUUGAUCAGGCAUGCCUUCAGUAAUGAGACACGUCAGGUCUAAUGGAUGUUUUUUUGGGUCACUCAAAAAUCAUAACAGAGAAGUUUGAAUCCUCUUUAAACGUUCAUCAUUGUCACUGUCACUUAAGGACCUCCACCACCACAACCUCUUUUUAAAGCAACUGAAUGAGAUUUGACUGUGUAUGUACGUUUCUGUUUAAACUACACUGCAUCAGGUCGUUUCACAAACUUGAACCAGAUGAAAGAGACAGUGAAAACACAUGUUGCAGUCUUUUUGUUGUUAACUGCACACACGUAACCCUCCAUGGCACACUGUUAAAUUCCACUGAGUUCAUAUCACUGCUACGCUAAACUGUCAUCUGUAACCAGUUGCUGAUCACUGUCAUCAAAUGAAACCCAAAGGUCACGUUGGAGCAAUCUGACUAAUGUCGGUUUUUCACUGGAAAUUCUCAGAUGCUUUCAAUCUGCCUCCGCUUCAAAACAACACAGUGCGGACCUUGUCUGUGUCUGGAGACUGUUGCUCGUCAGUGUAAAUGGACUAGAUUUAAUCUGUAAAGACGUGUACAUUCCAUUGUCCAAUAUCAGAACUGUGCCCUGCAGCUAUUGCUGGGACCUAAUUAAAUUGAGUCUAUUUUCUUCAG